AUGGCUUCCAUCUUCACCUACCAGGAUGAGCCUCCUCGAAUACAUUCUCCCUGGUCGACACCGGGAUCCUCGACCCCUCAGCCCCUUCACUUACUGGAUCGUCCUCCUCACACAAGGCAACAGGUCAUCCAGGGUCUCGUGAAGCUAGAGCCAGAGCGCCAGGAUGGUCCUACUGAGUACAAGCUCCACCUUCUCCUUCGUCCCAGGCGCAAAUUCCUCUCCACAACCACGACCUGUUCCGUCUCUGGGUCGCAGCACUUUGCAUCCCCAGUCCAAUCCGUUGUUGUAACAGCUCGCUCCCCGGGUGACUCGUUGCUGGACCGUCCACUAUCCCAGCCAUCUGCACAGGCUCGUCAAACCAGGCUACAACAGUUGACCACACAACUAUUAUGGAGACUGCAGCAGUCUUCGCCCUUCCAUUCUUCGUCGAACGCAGAUUUAGUCUUGCCGGUACUUCCUGAGGCGACCCCGAGGUUAGGAGUUCCGGAACGUCCAGCGAAGCUGCUACCAGGUCUCGAAGAAAGUCAAGGUGCCCUCUACGAAAUCGGUGUGGCUGACGAUGGCACGCUGGCGGGGUUGGUCGAAGAUGAGCUCCAAGAGAGUUUGACCAAUCUGAAGGCCAUGGCCGCAAGUCUCGGCUGUACCACGAGUGUUCUGCGGAAAGUCCCCGUAGGAACGUGCGAAUGGGCAGAAAGCAACAGCGACAGCGGACACACCAAGACGCGCAAAGACGCGCUCUGGGUUGCUGAAGUACUGGUCUACCCCGACUCACGAGGCUCAGCAGACGCAGACAUACCAAAAACAAUACUCGAUAUGCCAGCCAGCGCCUCUGGACCAAAAGAUGGGUCAGAUUUGGCCGACCACGCUUCGACGGAACAGAUGCGAGUGACCCUGGUAGGCGCCACUUCUGCUGGAAAGUCUUCUUUGCUAGGGACGUUGUCCACCUCAACGCUAGACAAUGGACGGGGCAAAAGCCGACUGUCGUUGCUCAAACAUCGACACGAGAUCGCCUCGGGAAUUACAAGUUCCGUUGCGCACGAACUCGUUGGUUACCGAGAGGACCGUAACUCUCCGAAUGCUGUCAUCAACUAUGCGUCAGGUCAUGUUUCCUCGUGGAUAGACAUCCACAACCUCGCCAAGCGUCUUGUCUUGCUCUCUGACUCCCCUGGCCUACCAAAAUUUGCCAAAUCUGCUAUCCGAAGUCUAAUAUCGUGGAGACCUUCAUGGACCCUCCUAUGCGUUGCAGCAGAUGACAGCAGCGAGACCACAGGCCAAGUCGGUGCGAUGGGUCCGACAGUGGAGGUGUAUGCUGACAGCGGAACCGGUGAGAGUGUGGAUCUUUCACUCUCGUAUCUGCAUUUGUGUCUGCGACUACACGUGCCAUUCAUGGUAAUCAUCACCAAAAUGGAUCUGGCAACCAAGGCCGGGUUGCGCCUGGUGCUUGCAAGAAUUCUCUCCGCUCUCAAGGCGGUUGGUAGGAAACCUGUCAUGCUCAGUAAUGUGCCCGGCCCACCCUCUCUUUCGGAACAGGGGGCUGCUCUCUCGGAGCUCCAGGUCAUCAACGAAAGAGAUCAGGCUGAAGUUGACCGACUUGUUGGAUCGAUGCAGAGUGACACUGAGCAGGACAUUGUCCCGAUUUUAAUGACAUCCGCAGUCACAGGGCUCGGCAUAAGUAAACUGCACGCACUGUUCCGAACUGCACCCGUUACCUGUAAGCCUAGGCUUUAUCAACCUCCGCGGCGUGGAUCUGUGACGAGUUCACUUUUUCACGUCGAUGAGGUCUUCAGCAUCCCUCCAUCGCGCGUUUAUACAUUGGAUACGGAAAGCCAAAUCACAAAACAAGGCAUUGUGCUUUGUGGGUAUGUCUCUCACGGCCUGCUGUCCGUUGGGGACACGAUGCUACUGGGGCCGUUUAACCCGGACUCAGACAGCGUAUUGACCCCGACCUCUCAGUCCGUCGUGAGAGCAAGUUCCUAUGCUGCUAUUGAGUCGUCAUACACAGAGAGAUCAUCGAGCACCCUCGCGCGAUCUUACCAAGGGGAGACCCCGAAGAACUCGAGUCGAGGAUAUCGGCCUGCGGCCGCAUUUCUCCGAGUGCGCAUCGUAUCCCUACGGACUCUACGCCUUCCAGUGUUGCGGAUGCAGAACGAAGAAACAGGUACCAUUGGUGUUGAACCUCUUGACAGCGAACCGGAUACCAUCGCAUUGGGCAGGGCUCGCAAGGGUAUGGUGCUUGUCGACGUCGACCAAAAUCUCCCUGGGUAUCAUUCAUUUUCUGCGAGGUUUCCGGCCUCGGAUUUCGCGCAGGCAAGUUCACCAGUUUUGAUACUAGGAGGUCAUGCUAUUGUGUACAUCAACAGUAUGCGCGCAGCGGUCAAAGUGACGGCAGUGGCGCUUGACGAGGACGAGCAUUGUAGGGGAUACGUGCGCGCAGCAUCUGCUCGGGAAGACGCGGAACUUUUCCGCUUUGACGACAUUGAUGAUGAGGCUGAGGUGUUCGGUGAGGAGGAACAACAUGACGGUAAAAGCGGGUCCACAAAAGAGAGGAGGGAAAUUAGAGUGUCUUUUCGGUUUGGCAGUACAAUGGAGUGGAUGGAAGUGGGCGAUCAGGUAUUUGUCGCCCCUACUUUGACGACGACGGGGCCGGCGACUGGUCCAGCACCUGUCGCCAAUAUGGUCGGCCUGGCUGGAUUUGUCGGGAGAGUUUGUGAGGUAUUUGGUUGA